AUGGAGACACAGAUCUUGCAAAUCGGCCUCCUGCUGGCCAUGGGCGUCAUAUCGGCCAUUUUUGGAGUACUCCCUCGCGUCUCUUCCGGCCUAACCUUCCAAGAAGAGCUCGAAAUCAAUAAGGAAAAAGCUGAAGGAAGUAUCGAUAGUUUGCUAAAUAUAGGCGAGGCGCAGAGUCUGUCUCGGAGUCUUGCCCUGGUUUUCGCCCUCUCAAUCCACAGUCUCCUCGAAGGGUUCGCUUUUGGCGUUCAGACAUCGGUCAAAUCCGUCGUUGCCCUAUUUUUCGGCAUCAUGGUCCACAAAGCUGCCGUUUUCUUUGCCGCUGGUUUCCGUCUCUCCUCUGCUCACCGAAUCGUACUCCUGCCCGCAUUAAUGGUAUGCUGGAUGGCCGCAAUGGCGCCGUUGGGCGGCUUUGCCGGGCUACUCAUACAGGAACCAGAAGGCACUGAAUCCAACGCAAAGGGAGCACUG